AUGACGGACCCCGGUCGCAUCACAGCAGGGCUACACCGCCAACCCAACAUCGCGCAGAAGGGCUCGUUUCAUGCUUCCAGGCAGUACUCUGCCUACGUGUUGCCUAGGUAUCGCCCCAGCGGCAGCCCAACCUCGCUGCAAUUGCUCCUAUAUUACGCAGACUGGCCGCUUUCCGCGCCCGCCUGCUCUCACAACAUGUGCAACCUUGAGUCUCUCAGCUUCCAUCACCUUCCCGUCAAGCUCAAGCUCAAGCUCAAGCUAGAGCCCCGCGUCACCAUAUCCAUCACCGCGCCCGGCACGCCGUCAGACGGUGAGCUGUUGACUCUUGAGCUACCGCCCGGCAGCACCGUCAAGGACCUCAAGGGUUUCAUCGAGGCUGAGACCAACCUGCCUGCGGCGUCACAGGGCAUCUACCUCAACGGCCAGCCCGUCAGCCAGGAGACACAGACACUAGAGAAUGUCGGAAUAAGGGAUGGCGAGAUGCUGGCCGUCAUCGUGCGCCAGAACCGGCAGCAGCCGCAGCAGCCAGCCGCCUCUCGACCGGCGCCCGUGGGCCAGUCUGAUCCAGAGGCCGUGCGACAGCAGGUCCUUAGAAACCCUCAGGUCCAGGCCGAGCUUCGACAACGCGACCCCGAGCUCCUUGCCAUCAUGAACGACGCGGAUCGUUGGAGAGAAGCAUUCGCCUCGAGGCAGAAUUCAGCCCAGAACGCCGAGCGCGAGCGCCAGAACCAGAUCGCACUGCUCAACGAAGACCCUUUCAACGUCGAGGCCCAGCGCAAGAUCGAAGACAUUAUCCGCCAAGAACGGGUUGUCGAGAACUUGGAGAAGGCGUACAACGAGAACCCAGAAGUCUUCGUGCGCGUCCACAUGCUCUACAUCAACACCGAGGUUAACGGCGUUCCGGUCAAGGCGUUCGUCGACUCGGGCGCCCAGGCCACCAUCAUGUCUCCUGACUGCGCUGAGCGAUGCGGCAUCAUGCGUCUUAUGGAUACGCGUUAUGCCGGCAUGGCUCGUGGUGUUGGCACUGCGCGCAUUCUCGGUCGCGUGCACCACGCCGAAAUCAAGAUUGGAGGCGCCGUCAUGCCCUGCGCAUUUACCGUCAUGGAGGGCAAGGACGUCGACCUCCUAUUCGGACUCGACAUGCUCAAGCGCUACAAGGCCAAGAUCGAUCUGGAGAAGAAUGCGCUCUGCUUUGAGAGCAUCGAAGUCCCCUUCCUGCAUGAGUCAGAGAUCCCGCGGAACCUCGACGAGGCUGAGAUGAACGAGCCCACUGUUGCCGGGCCCAAUGGCACCGAAAUUGGUGCGCGCUCGGGUGCUGUGCGACCCGCGGGUGGCUCUGCAGCUGUGGAGCCGUCCACUCAGGCCGGUCCCUCCGCGGCAGGCCCGUCUUCAGCAUCAACCCCGGCCCCAGCACCAGCUCAGACCGCUCCUGCUCCGAGCGCACCCGGACCCUCGACUGCGUCCUCCUUCCCCGAAGAGCACAUCAACCAGCUCAUGAGCAUGUUUGGUGUCGCCCGACAAGAGGCGAUCCAGGCCCUGGAGAUUGCCAGCGGCAAUGUCGACGAGGCUGCCAGCGUCUUCUUAGGUUGA